GCUUUAUGGGUACUUUUGAAGAUGGACCCGUUCUGCCCAGUUAAAACCCAAUCCACUCAAGAAGUUUGGGCUUGGUCGGCAUGGUUGGAUGGUAGUAGCCCAAUGAAAGAAUUAUAAUGGGAGUGUUCUGGUUAUACAUAUAAUCAAUCAAGGUUCAGGAAAAAUGAUCAGGUGUUUGCUUUUGAUUUCCCUGUUGAUCCACGCCUCUUUAGCCAAAAAACAAGAUCAACCUGCUGAGCCUGAGGCUCCUGUCAAGAAAUGGCUAACUUUAAGCGGUGAACCACCCCUUGUAAUUGCACGCGGUGGAUUCUCAGGGCUUUUUCCUGAAUCAAGCACAUUUGCAAAUGACAUGGCCAAUCAAUUAAAAUUUACGGAAGUGGCUUUGUUCUGCAAUCUGCAGCUGACAAAAGAUGGCAUUGGCAUAUGCCUGUCAGAUAUCAGGCUCGACAAUUCAACAAACAUUGGAAUGAUCUUCCCAAAAGAUCCUAAGACCUAUACCGUUAAUGGACAGCAGGUUAGGGGUUGGUUUGCUUUGGAUUACCCAAUUGAUGUAAUACUGAACAAUGUGUCAUUGGUUCAAAGUGUAUUGUCUCGAACAAGUGUGUUUGAUGGUCAACUGCCAGUAUCUACUGUUGAGGAUGUCACAGGAGUUAGACCCUCAGCGUUUUGGCUGAAUGUUCAGUAUGAUGCUUUCUAUACAGAACACAAACUCAGUGUGUCAGGAUAUCUUGAAAAGGCUAUGAGAUUUAUGGGCAUAAAUUUCAUUUCAUCUCCUGAAAUUGGUUUCUUGAAGAACAUGAACACAAAGAUUAACAAAGCCAGGACGAAGCUCAUCUUCAAGUUCCUUGAUCCAGAUGUAGUUGAACCUACAACCAACCAAACGUAUAGCGCAAUAUUGAAGGAUCUUACAGCCAUCAAGCAAUUUGCAUCCGGAAUUCUUGUUCCCAAAGGAUAUAUAUGGCCUGUUGAUACAAACAAAUACUUGGGAAAUCCUACCACUCUUGUGGCUGAUGCUCAUAAGCUUGGUUUAGAAGUGUAUGCUUCUGGUUUUGCAAAUGAUAUGCCAGGAAGUUACAAUUAUAGUUGUGAUCCAACAACUGAAUACUUGCAGUUCAUUGAUAAUCCCCAGUUUUCUGUUGAUGGACUGCUUACAGAUUUCUCCCCUACAGCAUCAACAACCAUUGCAUGCUUUGCAAGUAAUGAAACCGCCAAGCCCAAGAAAGGGAAAGCUUUGAUUAUGACCCACAAUGGAGCAAGUGGGAUGUAUCCUGGUUGCACUGAUCUCGCUUAUGAACAAGCAGUAAAUGAUGGAGCUGAUAUAAUAGAUUGCUCAGUCCAAAUGUCAAAAGAUGGAGUAGUUUUUUGUUUAGACUCAGCCGAUCUGACAGGGGAUACUACUGCAAUGCCUACCUUCAUGUCUCGCUCUUCCUCCAUUCCUGAAGUUCAAAAGGAUAAGGGAAUUUUUUCAUUUGAUCUUACAUGGAGCGAGAUCCAGACCUUGAAGCCUCAAUUGGUUAGCCCUUUUGGACAAAAUGCUGGAUUGCAAAGGAAUCCUGAAGCCAAGAACAAGGGUAAAUUCAUGACACUCGGUGACUUUUUGGAGUUUGCCAAGGCAAAGGCAGUUUCUGGAAUUUUGAUCAACAUAGAAAAUGCUGCUUUCCUAGCAUCAAACAAGGGUCUUGACAUAGUAGAUUCUGUUACCAAAGCCUUGAGUAAUGCGACCUUUGACAAACAACAAACUCAACAAGUCUUGAUCCAGUCAGACGACAGUUCAGUGCUGUCCAAGUUUCAAGGUGUCCCAGCUUACAAAAGAUUGUUACGCAUUGAGGAGGAGAUAGGUGAUGCGCCAAAACAGACAGUAGAUGAAAUCAAGAAGUAUGCUGAUGGAGUUGUUGUUGCAAGACCUUCCCUGGUUUCAACUGAAAAUGGCUUUGCUAAGGCUCAAACAAAUGUUAUCGAUCAUAUGCACGCUGCAAACAUCUCGGUAUAUGUUUUUGUUUUGAGAAAUGAAUUCGUUGCACUUCCAGUUGAUUUCUAUGCGGAUCCUACUGUAGAGCUUGCUACUUAUGUUGCAGCACAAGAAGUUGAUGGGGUUAUAACAGAGUUCCCUGGAACAGCAAGCAAAUACAUGAGGAGCCCGUGUGUGGAUCUCAAUGGAGAGAUUGCCGUCAUACCAGCUGAACCUGGUGCACUGCUUAAGCAAGUUCCUUCCACGGCACAGGCACCAGCAAAUCCUCGCAAUCCGCCGCUUGAGAUUAAAGAUGUUGUUGACCCUCCACUACCGCCAGUAGCCAAUGUAUCAUCAUCUACAGCUUCACCGGCUUCCCCAGGUGCAACUGCACCUUCUCCUUCAAGUGGCAUGGCGAUUACUGCCAAUUUUGGUAUUUGUCUAGCAGCAAUUAUGGCGCUUACCUUACGCCCUCUGGGACACUGACCUUAAUGACUAUUAACUCCUAAAAUUUUGAUUUCUUUUUCCCUACUGUUUUUCUACAGCAAAAUUUUUCAUGAUUUGUGUUUCUUAGCUCAAUAUUUCAUGGUUUGUACCAGGCAAACAACUGGGAUAAGUUUUCAU